AUGGUGCUCAUCGCUACUCAGCCGGCGUGGGAGCAACGCGGCCUGGAUAGCGCCCUGGUGGCCAGGAAAGCCAGAGGCUCCUCCAGCGACGAGGGAGGGACUUCUCCAGCCACCCAGUCGGACACCUUGUGCCGCUCGGACACAGUUUUUUUUCGUUUCACUGGAAGAAUGGGACUACGGUACCAAGAAAAGGGCCCCGCAGCGGGACCUUCCAAAGAAGCCCGGGUCCAAUUUCGCUGUACCUUUAUGGCCAUGAUUGCCUCGGGACACGGGGUCACCACCUUGCUGUCCCAGAAUAACGUAGCACGCUCCAAAACGCCCCUUUCUUCUUCUGCUUCCCCCCAUCAAUUGGCCUCCAGCAUUGCAACGACCAGUGCUCCACCAUCUCCUGCCGCCUCCCCCCAUCAAUUGGCCUCCAGCAUUGUAACGACCAGUGAUCCACCAUCUCCUGCCGCCUUCCUUGUGCCCUCCAGUGCACCACCACACAAGAGGAGGAAAAAAGAAUCCGUCAUGUGUCCACAUUGUGCCAUGACAAUGGACAGGAGAAAUAUGAGACUGCACAUUGAGAGGAAACAUAAGCCUAAAGGAGUAGACAUUACAGCAACUAAGCAUUUGAAAUCCCAGGCAAUAGAUUAUAAAAAUGGAAUAUUUUCUGUGGUGAAGUCAUUUUUAGGACCCAACACUCCCAUCCAUGUGGUAAAAAGGACUUGGGGGAAGGAACAGUCGACCAAAUGUGAGCUUGAUGUCUGCAAAAUCAAUGCAGAAUUUGCUGAACGCUCAAAUUGUAGACCUUUUGAGUGUCACCACAUCCAGUCACUUGUUUACUGUCCACCAUUCAGAGGUGAAAACCCCUCUCUCACUGAAGAUGUACUGCAGGAGAUGGUGAGUGAGAAAUGGUUUGGAGAGGACAAGAAGGAGAGAUGUCUGAAACGCCAAAGGGAGGCUACAGAUGCAGGAACACCUCUGUCCUGUAAACUCUCAAUUUGCAAUCCCUCAACAAAGAGGUUUAUUUCCAUUUAUGAGCCUACUGUAUCAUAUUACAGUAGGCUUGGACGAAUUAUGGUUACCUUUGACACAAAACAGAUCUCCUGGCACUGUCCUUGUGCAAAGCCAAGGCAGUCUUGCCUGCACAAAUAUAUUGCAAAGUGGCACCUGUUUCAGUUUGAGCGUGCACUUUUUCAGAGGACACAAAGUGUGGAGGAAGAACUUGUUCAAAACCGUUUCCCUACAGAAGUGGAAGGUGGCGAGGAAGAGGAAGAGGAAGGAGGCCACUACCCACCAGAGGGAGAUGUUUUAGAAAAAAUGGUGCAGUACAUAUACCACCACAAGAGAAUGCCCUCUGUACUAGACACUAAUAUGGUAAUGUCAGAGAAUUUCCCAAGGUUGUAUACCCCAGCUGAAACAUUCUGCCCUGAAUGUUCUGAGGCAGCUCUGCUUGGGGAACCGGAGCUAAUAACAACCAAGGGCAGAAUCCUCACUGUGACAGUUGUUAUUGAAGGAAUUUCGUUGUUCAGAAAGCAGUGCUACACAUGUGGGAUGAUGUACCGAUAUCAGGAGUGGUCAGAUGGUGUCUACAAUUUCGAUGACAAAACACUCCUGUCCUUGCUCCUCUGUCUCUUUCUUCGGAACAGUCUUCAGACCCACCAGGCUGUAAGUAGCACCAUUGAGGUUUUAGAGAGAACCUAUGGCCAGACCUACCCCUCAAAAAACAGAAUUCUGCACGCCUACCUGGCAUUCGAAGCGCUUUGUGAUCAUGAAUACACAUAUGCAUGUGUGUCAUGUGGCCAUAACCCAGUAUCUGUUGUGAUGGACCUUCAUAAAAAGGGUGUCUUCAAUAUGCCUGGCAACAAGGCCAAUCCUUUCAUUGUCAGGCCAAGUUACAAGUUCUGGGCUCCAUGGAUAGGGCCUCACACAAGGAGGGUAAGUGUGGUCCUAAACACGGAAUACAGAAAGAUACAUUCACCACACAGUGCAAAUGAGGAGGUGGAAUUGACUGUGACAGAGGACCGUCUUAAAGAUGAGCUCCUGAAGUUAAAGAUGGAAGCUGUGCGUUCCUUGUGCAGGCAGUGUGGGAUUGACCCUAAGGGGUCACGUCUGGACUUGAUAAUAAGACUCCAGACGGAGAUGAAAAACCGUGCAUCAUACGACAAGGUGUUUUCACAUGUCUGGGGUGCUUCUGGUGGCUGGGCAGUAGUCACAUGCCCAUGUGCUGUGGUGUAUGCCGUGAAAUUUAACCUGAGAGCUGAAAGCCCUAGGGACUUCAUUGACCUCUUAUUGUCAAUGAAGCACUUCUCCAACAUCACACUUUAUGACUUUGCACGAGGAUUGGCAACACAUGCCAAUACCAGGCUGCCAGGAACAUUCAGACCACAUGAUGGACGGCUGCUGGAGCCCACCCCGACAAAUAUUUCUCUUGCCAGUUCAGGGCAAGUCAAAGCCAAUUUGCCGUGGCUAGCGCAGAAAAAGGAGGUUCCUGAUUUUAACGGCCACCCUAUCACCGGGUCAUCAGAGCGUUAUGCUCUGUAUGACAGAUUUCAUGAAGCCAACACUAAAGAUGCCAGAGAUGUAUUGCGAAGGGUCGAUCUCGCCCCAGAAUUAUGUGACUGGCUGAACAGUCAAUGUGCCGAACAGCUGUUCUCGGGGAUGAGAAAACAAUUAUUUUUUAAAUAUGAUGACUCCUUCCUCUCACAUAUAGCUACCUUUUGCAUCACAGAUGGAAACACUCUAGUCAUGUCCCUGCUACUGCCAAGGCAUCCAGACAUCAUCCGUCUUGCUCCUAAUGUUAAGGGCAAUGACUCAUGCUACAACAAGUGCCAAAAGGCAACCUCGGCCCAAGAUGAAGACCACCUGCUGGGUCAGAGAGCAGGUCAAAAGGAGGAUGUUGAGGCGGGGCUGCUCGAGAGCAGGGAGCUUGGUUCCACCAGCUUAUUCAUGGCUUCUCUCAGCAUCUCAGCAUUCGAUCUUGACAUCUGA